AUGACAUCCUAUCUUCGAAGCUGGCUCACUGGCGCGCCAUCGACGUCCACACCCACAUUAGACGUGCCUACAUUUCAACGAAUUUCCCCCCCUGCAUCAGAUGAUGGAGAUGAGACCGAAACGGAACGUGAUAACGAUGACUCGAUUCCCGCUUUCCCCGCCCUCAACAGUGCUCAACGCGCCAAACCAGCGAUACUCUCCGACUCGGCGCUGAUGCCCCCUCCACCAGUGCCCUCACUUGCCUCUCGCACAGCUGGGGUCCCUCUUAGACCGUCUUUGAAUCCAAACUCACUGGUUGUGCCCACAACCACAACCCAGAAGCCACAAAAGCCGAGCAAGAAGCGUGAAAAAGUUGCGCUUGCCCCCGGACACAGCGCGCUCGACUGGGCGGCCCUCAAGUCGUCCGGGACGGAUCUUCGAGGUGUCGACACACUUACCCGAAUACCUCCUUCUCUCCUCAAACAGCAUCGUUCCAAGACCGACGCAUGGACAGCGAUCAACGGGAAAGUGUACAACAUCACCGCCUACCUACCCUAUCACCCGGGCGGUGAACGCGAGCUCAUGCGUGUUGCCGGUCGAGACGGAACACAUCUAUUUGCAUCAACUCAUGCUUGGGUCAACGCUGACUUUAUGCUUGACUCGUGUCUUGUCGGUUUCCUCGUCCCUGAGCCACAGUCUGGCUGA